CUUUGUUUUUAAUGCUCCAGUUACUAAGGCCGCUCGAUGGAUCUUACGCACCCAUAUCAGACACGAGGCUUGUGGGGUGUUGACCAUUUCAUCAUGAUUAUGAUAACGGUCCAGAAGCUAAGCGCUAAACAUCGACAAACCUCCACCUGUCCCCUGCUGAAGCCCAUCACACUACACCUACCCCUCCGAUGGCAUUUGCAAGCUUGCAGCUCACUCCAGACGAAACAAAAGCACUCAAGUCUCUGCCAGCGCCAAUACAAAUUGCUGCAAAAAAGGCUCUACAGGGAUCCAUCAGCGAUCUGGCAAGACUGGUUGAUUUCAUUACGCUCCCAAGGACUUCCCGAUGCUGUUGCUUGGUGCCCAUCUUUCACGCGAUCCUUCAUUCGGUUCAAGUACCAACCUACAUCAAUCCCAAGACUAUCCCUACCAUCACGCGCGCGAAGUGGGCUCUCAUGGGAUUGGUCAAAAUUAGCACGGUUGCCUCUCAAGCUACUGGUGUCAAGGAAGACGCUGUGACAAAGUAUAUUGUGAGGAGGUGGAGCGAUACAUAUCCGUGGAUGUGGUUCUUCGCCCAUAAUUGCCUCCCUCCUCCUUACGAUGUCUCAGUUACUCCUCCGCGCCCCGAUGUUUGCAGUGUGUCCGACGCUGUACAAUUAUGCAUCAGUCCACUCUCAUUGAUCUGCACCAAAUCGGAGGAAGGGCGUCACUUGCUCCGUUCUUCUGUUUCUGUCCAGCAAUUUGCCGCGCGGUUAUGGAUAUUGGUUGGAAACCUUAGGGGAGAUGUACUCCCAGGCCAUCGUGGAGCUUCAACGGAUGCCCUUAUUUCUAAGAUCCGGGCGUCUUUUGCGCUAACAAACUAUGUGUGCGUAUCUGAAUCCGAAGAUCCAGCCAAAGUCACCCUUCCGUUAUCGAAUUUUAUACAUGCUGCCGGAGGGGUGAAGCCCGUUGUCUUCACCCUUCUCAGAUACAUCCGUCGGAUCAUCAGAGAUGCCACUGCUGUAGAAGAACCUCGAUCGUGGACGCCAGGCGAUCCGAGCGUCAAAUUACUUCAUCUCUAUACUGUUGGUCUCAAAUAUUCCUUUCUGUUUAUCCAGACCAUCAGUCGCCAAGACGCUUCGUGCCGCGCGCAGCUUAUCCGCCAAGGUUCGAUUCGCAUAGUGGUGGAUGCGAUCACUCAGAUCUUGCCGAGGAUCUUGGUGCAGGCAAACGAGGAGAUAGAUCUUCAUCCACAGAUGGGACUCGCGGGUAGGCAGGAAGUUUUGUGGUCGGGGUACUCGUACAUUGCAUCCGCUAUUCGCGAUGCAGAUGACGGAAUAACAUGUGUAUGCCAAGCAAUCGAUGCUGGCCUCAUUCAAACGUUGGAGAAGGGGGUUGUUUGCCCGCCUCACGUCAACCGUCGCGAUCACCCACCGCGUGGCCGCAUGGGUGACAUAGAGUUGCUCUUCCUUCUCGCCACAUUUUUCGUAUACCACAGGGUCGUUCAAUCUAUCUUCCGACACUGGUUUCGCAUGCAAAAUGAUCCGGUGGAAAAACGAGAUAUACGCGACGAAGGGUUGGGGCUUGCUCUCGAAGUCGUCCUGACAUCUACUAUCAAUGCUAUGGACUAUCGCAGUGUAGAACCUAUAAACUUCCAUGAAUACAGGUGCAGUGGUCCAGGAUGUCCGGUGUGCACAUGGGAUUUUGUCAACAAAAAGCGUCGGUGCUCAGGGUGCUUGGUAUCAAUCUAUUGCUCGGAGAAAUGCCAAAGGACUGCUUGGCGCAAUGGACACAGGAAAUGGUGUCAAGUUCUGAGGUGUACCGUUGGGCCGUGGGGCUCACGCGAUAUCCGUAAUAGUCUUCAAGUCAUUGCAGGCUUCGAAAAUAAUCAGAUUUCUGGAAUGGCCAAAGACGUGGAAAAGCGCGUCCGUGAAGCACAGCGGCAGUUCCCUGCAUUCAGCGAUAGACUCGUGCUUCUGUUGGACAUGACUGUGUAUACGCCGGGGAUCCACGUGCUCCCCGUGCACAAGCUAGAGCAAUUCCCUGGAGAUGACCCUAUAUGGCCAGAGGUCGCUGACGAAAUUCGCGCACGAAGCGACUCCCCACCGAAAGGAUAUAUGUUUUCGGUGGUCAAGGUCCACUUGGGGAAAUCGAAGUUCACGUUGUUCAGCCCGAGCAUAGCGUUGCGUAUGGCAUUUGAGGGCCAGUAUUUUUCGGAUAACGAAGCGCAUGAAUCUGUAGAUGAAGAUGAAAUCGAUUAUCCGAAAUCGCCAGGCAACCAGGACUUGGAUUAUGAUUCAGAGUCAUCGAAUGAUAAGUGCUACGAUGUUUGACGGUUCUUGUGAUAUAUCUUUAGUGGCCUUCGUUGACUAUGCAUACCCUUGCUUUACUCUGUACAGGACAUGCGCAAUACCAAUCUUGUGGGUU